AUGGGCAGUGGAAUCAGCGCCGAGGACAAAGAGCUUGCCAAGAGGUCCAGGGAGCUGGAGAAGAAGCUGCAGGAGGAUGCUGACAAGGAAGCCAAGACUGUCAAGCUGCUGUUGCUUGGUGCUGGAGAGUCAGGAAAGAGCACUAUCGUCAAACAGAUGAAGAUCAUUCACCAGGACGGCUACUCGCCGGAAGAAUGCCUAGAGUUCAAAUCUGUCAUCUAUGGGAACGUGUUGCAGUCCAUCCUGGCUAUCAUCAGAGCCAUGCCCACGCUAGGCAUUGACUACGCUGAGCCAAGUUGUGCGGAUGCCGGACGACAGCUCAACAACCUGGCUGACUCCACUGAGGAGGGGACCAUGCCUCCUGAGCUGGUGGAGGUCAUCAGAAGGUUGUGGAAGGACGGUGGAGUGCAAGCCUGCUUUGACAGAGCUGCAGAGUUCCAGCUCAACGACUCGGCAUCUUACUACCUGAACCAGCUGGACCGGAUCACACAUCCUGACUACCUCCCUAAUGAGCAAGAUGUGCUUCGGUCCAGAGUCAAGACCACGGGCAUCAUCGAGACCAAGUUUUCUGUUAAAGAUUUGAAUUUCAGGAUGUUUGAUGUUGGGGGACAGAGAUCGGAGAGGAAGAAAUGGAUCCACUGCUUUGAGGGAGUCACCUGCAUCAUUUUCUGUGCUGCUCUCAGCGCCUAUGACAUGGUGCUGGUGGAAGAUGAUGAGGUGAAUCGCAUGCAUGAGUCUCUGCAUCUGUUCAACAGCAUCUGUAACCACAAGUUCUUUGCGGCCACUUCCAUCGUUCUCUUUCUCAACAAGAAGGACCUCUUCGAGGAGAAAAUUAAGAAAGUCCACCUCAGCAUUUGUUUUCCGGAGUAUGACGGAAGCAACUCCUAUGAGGAUGCCGGGAAUUAUAUCAAGAGCCAGUUCCUUGAUCUCAACAUGAGAAAAGAUGUCAAGGAAAUCUACAGUCACAUGACCUGUGCUACAGACACACAGAAUGUCAAGUUUGUGUUCGAUGCAGUCACAGACAUUAUCAUCAAAGAAAACCUCAAGGACUGUGGGCUCUUUUAACGCUCAGCUU